AUAAAUGAAAGCAAAAUUUUGUCUGUAUUGGAGAAAUCUGCGGGGUGGCUUUAGCUUUCCACGGCAUAUAUUUUACCUUCAGUUUGAUCAGCCUCAUUAUCAGAUCACAGCCUCCAGUUCUGGCUUUACCGGAGCUCUGAACCUGGUGCCUUAGCUUAUGUCCCAUUUUGUCCCUCGGAGAGGUGUGAAUUAUCGGGGCUUUUUAGUCCAGCGCAGCACAAGUGGUGGCUGCCGGGGGUUCGGGGCUGCUGGGGCGGUGCUGGUGGCUGCUUGAUUGGAGCAAGGGCAGCAAGGAGUAUGGAGGUGACGACAGCGCCCGGGCAGGAUUCCUGCGUGCGGGCAGGCGUGAAGCAGCGCCCAGCUGUGUGGUUUGAAGCAGCCAAAGGAAGCAGUUUAUUAAAACCUAAUAAAAUCGGCACAUGCAUGAGAGCGUAAUCUGCAUCCUGGGCUGCAACAGAGAUGUGUCGAAUGCUGGCUCUGCCCACAGCAAGCUGGGGAGUGUCCAGCAUCCCCUAAUCCAGAGGGAUGGAGUCGGCGCCGAGCAGCGGAAAGAAGCGGAGUCACGCUCCAGUGGGCUGUCAGCCUGGGAGUUUCUGAGCAUUUUUAUUUUUGCAUUCUGGAUGGGAGCAUUUAAGAACCUCGGUGUGGGAGUCAAGUGUUCCAUUAUUGCUGAGAAGACACAAACCAUGUGGAAAGGCUCUUCUCACCAUGCCUUGAGAAGCAGCCAGAGAUGUACUUUCAGGUGGGUUGCGUAGCGGAGCAGCUCAGUCUCUGUGUUCCCCUCACAUGGGACCCACUGGAGCUUCUAAGAGAAGACAUCAAAAUUAACUGCAGUGCUGCUUGUGGCUUGCAGAAAAGAGGGUGCAUAGUGUUUGGUGUCUUCUUACCUUAUUAGACAGUAUGAGAGAAUGGGGUACUUUGAGUAGUACAUUCCACUGCCUACUGGACCUGGAGUGACAGCAUUCCAGGUUUUAUAUGCUUUCAUUAUUGGUUUUACGUUAGACGAUCAACUUUGCUGCUUAUUGAAGAAAAUGGCAUUUUUUUUUUCUUGUUAAAAACCCAAUACUACAAAUAUUGUAGGGCAGAAAUCAAGUGUAGGUUAUACAAAAAUCAAAAUGUGUAGAGGGACCAUUCCAAAUUAGGCCGCUAAGAAUAAUUCAGAAGACAAGUUGAGAGAGAGAUUUGAAUAGAAAGAAAAUGAUCUGGGUUUGCUGGAAGCUACUGUUAAGAGCAAGUUAGUUAACAGCACUAAUUACGCUAUAAAAAUAGUAUAGAGAGGAUUCAUAUAGGCCAGGAAGAAGCCAAGCAAUGUAAUAGCGUAAGGCAAACUAAAUCUGUCCAAACAACACCCCAGUAAUGUGGUUCACAAGCGGCAUUGACAUCAUGCGUUAAGAGAAGGAUGAGACUGGAAAUUAAUGGGUUUAAUGGGGACUGGCCCUGUGUUAGCAGGGGAAAUUAAGUCUGACUUCCUGCAUGCUUUUUGGU